AGAGAGUCACUCAGAGAAGGCCACGCCACUUGACUGACUUGAUUAACUUUAUUGGACUUAAAGACUUUGAAGCAAUGGACAGCAGGAUCAGACCGCUUGGCCUGGCCGGGCACACCGCCAACCCUCUCGGUGGCUUGCAGGUGCCCCAUUCCCUCCUGCGCCCUCCGCCUCUCUUCCUCCGGGCUUGUAACCCCGCGCUGGAGAGGGGUUACCCCCGCACCCCGAAGUGCGCCAGAUGCAGAAACCACGGUGUGGUGUCCGCGCUGAAAGGCCACAAACGCUUCUGCCGCUGGAGAGACUGCGUGUGCGCAAAGUGCACUCUGAUCGCGGAGAGGCAGCGGGUGAUGGCCGCGCAGGUGGCACUGAGGAGGCAGCAGGCUCAGGAGGAGAGCGAGGCCCGGGAUCUCCGGCUCAUGUACACCAGCUCAGGGAUCGGUGGGGAAACAGGGAUCCCCCAGGCGUCACCCGUGGGCCCCGGGGUGCCAGCAGCUACCAGCAACACUGCAACAGCUCCAACUUUUGAUGUUUUCGGAGCAGAGAAUCAAAAAGAUGAUGACAAACUGAGCAAGUACAACUUUUAUAACGGAUUCAUGGGUCGACCCCUCUUUGCACCCCACACCGCACGGCUGCCCUCUCCGGUGGACAAAAAUGAUCUGUCCCCAAACAAGGACAACGCCACUUCCUUCAACGAUGGCAGCGCGAGUCCAUCCCCGGUGUUCGACCAGCGCUCAGACCACUUAGAGAGUCCGCAGAGGUCUCUUUCCUCCUCGGAUCCGGAGUCCGGCAGCGAGUCGGAGAAACCGAAUAACUACCGGAGUCUGGACCGAGACCCCACUGAUAUCAUGGCCAAGAUUUUCCCCCAUCAGAAGCGGGACACCCUGGAGACUAUGGUGAGAACGUGCAAAGGCGACAUAGUCAGAUCCAUUGAACUGGUGUUGAGCUCCAAAGAGAACAAAAUCGACUCUGAUAGCUUGUCACUGUCUAGUCACACACACGCUCCCAGGCCUUCUGUUGGACUGCCUGGAGCGCUCGGUGCUCUGGGGAACAAGUCUGCCUUCUCCCCGCUCCACAUGCCACCGACGGCCGCAGGGGGAGACGGUCUGUACGGGCUCAGCCCCCGCCUCGGGGUCAGCCCCUUACGGCUGGCCUAUUCCUCUGCAAACGGUGGCAUGGCAGGUUUUAUGUCACCAUACGUGACGUCCGGACUGAUGCCAGUGUUUCCACUGCGUCCACCCUUGGACUCAUACUCCUUCCCCGGCAUGAUCCGAGACCUCUCUUACCUUCAGAGCAAAGAGUCACUUUACACAAGACUUAACAGUGAAAAAUGACAAAUGAAAAUCUGAAAAAUUAUAUUCUUUAGUUAUUGUACAUUGGUUUUCAGGUUUACGUUUAAGCCACUAUUAGAUAAGGGCCUCAAAGCCAGUUAAAGUGCUGAUGUUGUUUUUGUAUAUGUUGUAAAGAUUGUUUAUUAUUAAUAAAACUAUCAGAAGGUGCCCUUGGUU